AUCACUAGGCUAUAGGCUCUAUAAUCCCGAUUUUUGAUUUCAACUACUCAUGGGUUAGUUUAUUCGUCCGCAAUUGAUUACCAAAAAAAUUCCCAAUAUAAACCUAAUUUUUCCCCCUUUCGGAAUUUCUAAGAUUCAAUUCUUCACAAAUCCACCCAAGAUUAUCCUUUUAUUUUCGCAAAUCGAAGAACAACUUCCAUCUGAAACUAAAAUUCAUCAAAUCUUCAAAGACAAAAAUCUGGCUUCCGACUUCUGUAAAUCGCUGUUUCCACACAGAAGGACUAAAUCCCCGCCACUUCUCUCACUCCCACAAACUCGGAUGCUCCGACGAAGAAUGGAUAUCAACCCGUUUAAGUGUUGUUCGGGGCUCCGCUACUUGGGUUACUUGAUGAUCUUUAUGGUUUUAGCUAUCAUUGCCCUCUCUUAUUGGGCUGUCAUCGUCCUUGUUUGGGGGCCUAUAUUGAUCCACGGUGGUGCUCAGGCGGUUUUGGCUGCUUUCAUUGUCAUCAUCUUCCAUGUUCUUCUUAUACUAUUAACCUGGAGCUACUUUAUGGUUGUCUUCCGAGAUCCUGGUUCUGUUCCCCAAAACUGGGCUCCGGAAUUGGAUGGUAAUCUGGAGGAAGGUAAUCCGUCGUCAGCAUCUCCAUGGCCUGCAUCAAAUGGAACAGAGCGAAGAUCGACUGUGGGGUAUUGUAGCCGAUGCCAGAAUCCCAGGCCACCACGUUGCCACCAUUGUUCUGUCUGUCAAAAAUGUGUUCUCAAAAUGGAUCAUCAUUGUGUUUGGGUAGUUAAUUGUGUUGGGGCACGCAACUACAAGUUCUUUCUCUUAUUUCUUAUUUAUACAUUUCUGGAGACAACAUUGGACACAUUUGCAUUGCUUCCUAAAAUUAUUACAUUAUUUGGAGACGCAAAGAAACAUUCCGCCUCUCCCGGGAAUCUUGCUGUCACGGUUUUGGCAUUUGUUCUAAAUUUGGCUUUUGCCCUCAGUCUACUCUGUUUCGUUAUCAUGCAUGCAACACUUCUCUGGAGCAACACAACAACUAUUGAGGUACAUGAGAAGAAGAGGGAUAAAAAGGAAACAGCAUCCAAAUGGAAGUAUGACUUGGGUUGGAAAAAGAAUGUUGAGCAGGUCUUUGGCGUGAAAAAGGCGCUAUGGUUUCUCCCAAUGUUUACAAAGGAUGAUUUUGACAAUCCCUCACUACAAGGCACAUAUUUUCCAGUGCGUGAUGAUUCUGAGUCAUAGCAAACUGGUGAUUGGUGAGUGUAGAUUAGUCGAACCCUAGUGAUAUUAAGAAUGCCAACACACCAGCCAGAUGACGCCAUUGUAAUAUUCAAAGUUGAUGGUGACAUUGUCAUUGCAACAGCAGGAGCAGCAAAUUUAUUGUGCCAUAUUAUGUGUUUAUUUGAUCAUUCCUCUUACCUUACAUCAUCAUAGUAAAAAAUACAAGUAGGUUAUACUUUCUGGUUUACAGAACAAAGUAACUGUUAGUCUGUUACUGUUACAUUCAUUCUUGAGUGUAGAAAGUUUAUUUUUUACUGUCUA